UACUUAUAGGGCAAUUCAGUGUCUCCAAUUAACCUGGCUGGAUGUUUUUGGACUGUGGGGAAAAACCGGAGCUCCCGGAGGAAACCCACGCAGUCACGGGGAGAACAUGCAAACUCCGCAAACUACAGAAAGGACCUGGACUGCCCCACUUGGGGAUCGAACCCAGGACCUUCUUGCUGUGAGGCGACAGUGCCACCCACUAAGCCACCGUGCCGCCCUAUGGUGUCCAGCUGCGGUCCUACCAGCUUGUCGGGGUGCAGUGGCUCACUCAGUGCUUUAAGAAUCUGGAUGGAUGCAUCCUUGGUGAUGAAAUGGGUUUGGGCAAGACCUGUCAGACCAUCUGCCUACUGGUGUACGCCCGGGGAUGUCUUGGCAUGAAGGGUCCUUUUCUGGUGCUUUGUCCUCUGUCUGUUCUGGAUAACUGGAGACAGGAGCUGCAGCGCUUCUGCCCCACACUGUCUGUGCUGUGUUACACCGGUGAUAAAGAAAGAAGAGCUGAACUCCAGAGAAACAUGAAGGAUGAAGAUUUUCACAUCUUGCUAACCACAUAUGAGAUGUGCCUGAAAGAUGCAAACACACUAAAAAGAUGGAAAUGGAAGAUUUUGGUUGUCGAUGAGGCUCACAGGCUGAAAAACCAAAAUUCACUUCUUCACCAAACCUUAUCAGAGUUUUCUGUAGGCUUUAGGCUGUUGUUAACAGGAACUCCAAUCCAGAAUAAUCUGCAGGAGGUUUACUCACUGCUCACCUUCAUUCAGCCCAGCCUGUUCCCAUCUGACUCCACUGAAGAGUUUGUCAGCACAUAUACAGAUGUACAGAAUGAUUGUACAACAGCGAAGGAGCUCCAUCAGGUGCUGCAGCCCUUCCUGCUGCGCAGGGUCAAGACAGAAGUGGCUGCAGAGCUGCCUAAGAAGACCGAACUGGUGGUGUAUCAUGGAAUGUCUGCACUGCAAAAGAAAUAUUACAAAGCAAUUCUGACGAAAGAUCUCGAUGCAUUUGGGAGUGACCAGGCUAAUCGGACCAGGCUUCUGAACAUUUUGAUGCAGCUGCGGAAGUGUGUGAACCACCCGUAUCUGUUUGAUGGUGUGGAGCCAGAGCCGUUUGAGAUGGGGGAACACUUGGUGGAAGCCAGUGGGAAGCUCUCCCUGCUCGACACUAUACUAGCAUAUCUGCUGCAAGGAGGCCACCGGGUUCUGCUGUUCUCUCAGAUGACCAGGAUGCUGGAUAUUUUGCAGGAUUAUCUGGAGUAUAGAGGUUACAGCUACGAGCGUCUGGAUGGCUCAGUGCGAGGAGAGGAGCGCAAUCUGGCAAUCAAGAACUUUAGCACCAAAGAUGUGUUCAUCUUCCUUCUCAGCACCAAAGCUGGCGGGGUUGGCAUGAACCUGACCGCUGCGGACACUGUGAUCUUUAUGGACAGUGAUUUUAAUCCACAGAACGACCUGCAAGCAGCAGCUAGAGCCCAUCGAAUCGGGCAAACAAGGGCUGUGAAAGUGAUCCGACUCCUGGGUAGAGACACGGUGGAGGAGAUCAUUUACUCACGAGCUGUAUCAAAACUGCGUCUCACCAACACAGUGAUCGAGGAGGGUCGCUUCUCCCUGUUGGAGCAGAAACAAGCAGCUGCUGCAGCUGUUGCUGACCUACAGCUAAGUGAGAUUCUGAAGUUUGGUGUAGACAAACUGCUGUCCUCAGACGAGAGCUCUGUUCAGGAUGUGGACCUUAAGCUGAUCCUGGGACAGUCACACAAUGGCCGUUGGCUAAUGGAUGAAGAUCAAGUCAUGCCUACUGAAGAACAGGAGAGUGAAGAGGAGGAAAGACAGAAUCAUAUGUACUACUUUGAGGGGAAGGACUACUCAAAAGAUCCCAGCACAGAGGAUGAGGAAAUGUUUGAGCUUUUACUGAAGGAGCAGUUGGUUGAGCUGGAUGGCGCUACCCAAGAAGGGCGCAGCCUACGCCACAAAGCGGGAGGUUUACUGGCUGGGCCCUUAGCAACCCCAGUGAGGAGGAAGAGGCCUCUGACAGAGGCUGAGCUGGAUCAGAGACGUCAGAAGAGACAGGAAGCUGCUGCAAAGAGAGCUAAAAUGUUAGAAGAAAAGAAAAGACAACAGGAAGAGCAAAAACACGAGAAGAAGAUGGCAUGGUGGGCGUCAUGUGGGUACAAAUCCCUCUGCUUGCCCUCUGCUGAUAGCGAGGGUGAGGAUGUCGAAGAGGAUGAUGAAGAAGGUGAUGAUACCAGUGUGAGCUCAACCGACUCGGACCACACCGCCAUUCAUUAUGUACUUGGAGAUGUUACUCAUCCUCAGGCUGACCGGGAGGAUGCCGUUAUCGUUCACUGUGUUGACGACUCAGGACGGUGGGGACGAGGUGGGAUAUUCACGGCUCUGGAGAUCCGAUCAGAUGAGGUGAAGAAACAAUAUGAACUGGCAGGGGAUAUGGAAGAUUUAGAGCUUGGAAAUGUGUUGCUGUUUCGCAUCGAUGACAAGCAGUCGAGACUGACUGGACAAGACUUUUUGGCACUUAUCGUUGCUCAGCGGAGAGAUAAAGCCAACAACCUGUCAGGCAUUCACCUAUCUGCCUUAGAGGAGGGUCUUAAGAAGAUCUACAGAGCAGCCAAGCAAAAAAAUGCGAGUGUCCAUCUCCCGCGCAUUGGCCACGCCACCAAAGGCUUUAACUGGUAUGGCACUGAGAGACUGAUUCGCAAGCACUUAUCCUCCCGAGGGAUCGCCACCUUCAUAUACUAUUACAGGCGGACAUCAGCACACUCUCAUUCUCCAUCAGCUUCUUCUACGAAGACUCCAAACCCAUCCACCUCCAGUUCAGCGCUUGCUUCCCCAGCACCAGCACCGGUCUCUCCUGCUUCCUCAUGUUCUCUCGGUUCUCAUGAUGCCUCAGAAGAACAAGCAGAUUCUCCAGGAAGUCCGAGCAGUUUACCUGAGGGUGAAGAAGCUCCUGGUUUAGCAGAUUUUAUGAGAGGAGUCCGGGUUUUCUUCUACAAUGUGGGAGCCACAGAGAGAAAGAAGCUGACACGCUACCUCAUCACGUAUGAUGGUGAUGAUGAGGACAUCAUGAGCUCACAUGUUACUCAUAUUGUAGCAGAAGUGGAAGGCCCAGUUCAAAUCCAGGAAUUGAAGGAUCUAAAGUGCCAGUAUCCUCAGGCGCUCCUUGUUAAGAAGAACUGGCUUGAGUCCUGCUUUGCCAACCAAAGAAAACUCAAUGCUCUAAAAUAUGUGCAUCAUUUGAAAUGAAAUAAGUAGAUUUUUUUGAUCCACUGAUGAUUUUUAGUCGUAUUCCCUGGUCAUAACAGUUGUGGGCAUCUGUAUGUGCUGUACCUUUUGGAAAUAAAUUGAUAUGUGUAUAUUUUGAAACAUGAUCUGAAUUUAUAUUACUCACAAUUUUAACUUUAUGAUUUUUUUCAAAUAGAAGUAGUCUUUCAUCAUGUAUCUGUAUCAGGGCCUGAAUACAGUUUUGCUUUUAGACUGAAUAAGCCAUAUUUUCCUGUCUGUUUCACUAUCAUAUUUAUUCACUUAAAUGACACAGAUUAACACACACAAAUAAUUAUUGUGUGUUAUAAUAAUGAUAAAGAAAAUAAUGUUUUAUCUUGGCCCUAAUAAUAUACAAAACACUUCUGGAAAUGUUGGGAAAUUUUGUA